AUGGCCUUAUUAGAAGAAUUAAUUUUCGCGUCCGACCAAUUGGUUGAGUUCCAUGCGGACUUCAAGGACAAACCAAGUGCCACUUUUACGGUUUCUUUAUUAGAAGCGUUUAGCGCUGAAUUAUCCGAUCUAUGGUGCGAAUUUAAACUAGCUUACCGUCAGUUCAUGAGAACAGACGAUGAAGAGUUAAAAAGAACUUCGGUAAAUGAAGUGAAAGCCAAAUAUCGUAGUGCUUCCAAUACGUAUUUCAUAUGCGCAAGCUCCAUUUCUGAUUUUUUAAAGGCUCUUCAAACUAGUGUUUCAGAACUACCUGAAAAAGAUUCUAGUUUAAAUUCCUCUAAAAUUGAAAGCAGUGGACACAAUAUUAAGGUUCCUGCAUGCGAUACUCAAGAAUUUCACGGGAACUAUUUACAGUGGCCAUCAUUCCGCGAUAUGUUUACUGCGGUUUACAUUAAUCACUCCAAACUUAGCGAUGUUCAAAAGUUAUUUCAUUUACGCGCAAAAACCAAAGACCAAGCAUUCGACAUUGUCAAUAAAUUCGGUCUAACAGACCACAAUUUUCAACUCGCAUGGAACGCGUUGAAAGAUCAAUACGAAAAUAAACGUAUUUUGGUCAACAACCAAAUCCAAAUUUUAUUAACUCAAAAACAAAUAUUUGUAGAAUCUAGCAAAGAUAUAAAAUCACUCCAAAGUAACAUUAAUGACGCUAUAAUUGCGCUCAAAUCAUACGAAAUCAAUGUCGAUUCCUGGAAUGCGAUCCUAAUUUUUCUGUGUGCCUCUCGACUACCAGAUAAAACACUUAAUCUUUUUGAAAGUUCACUAGUAAAACCCACUGAGAUUCCCACUUGGGAACAAAUGAAUACGUUCCUAUCCAAUCGCUAUCGCGUUCUCGAAAGUGUCUCUGAAAUGAAACAGAGCACUCCGAAACCAAAUAAAACUCCCAGUAGCAAACCUAUUUCACCCAAAGUCAAACCAAUUCAAAAUUUUCACUUAAAAGUCACUCCCUCUUGUCAAGUAUGUUCCGAACAGCACCCUCUACGACUCUGUCCUAUAUUUUUAAAAAUGUCAGUCGAUGAUAGACAUAAAACUGUCCGGAAACAUAAAUUUUGUUUCAAUUGCCUUGCAAUCACUCACAAUGCACAGCAAUGUCAGAGUACAAGCACUUGCCUUCGUUGCAAAGGAAGACAUCAUACUCUGUUACAUUUUGAACGAAAAUUAUCUACAAUUAAUAAUUCUAUUCAUCAAAACACUCCACUUCAUUCAUCUCAGCGUGGUUCACCUUCUUCAUCUCAACUCGAUUCUUCUGCUUCAUCCUCACCUUUAGUUAAACUCGAUCACCAACAUAAUAUACAGUCCACUUCAACUUCAAAUCAUAUCGUCAUGUUUUCAAAAACUUUUCGUCAAGUUUUAUUAGCAACUGCUAUAGUUAAAAUCCAUCACUUUGGAAAUGAUUUUCAUUUACGAGCUUUAAUUGAUCAAGGAUCCGAAGUGUCCUUUAUAACUGAACAUUUUCAAAAACUUAUCGGUCUACCAACCCAAUCUACUCAAGCCCGAAUAUGUGGCAUGGGUACCACUGAAACUGCUUCAUCUUCGAAGCUUUGCACUUUCACUCUUUUCUCUAAUAAUGUCAGAGAUUUUAAAAUUCAAGUUGAAGCUUUAGUUCUUAAAAAGCUGACAAGUAAUUUACCUGCGGUUUCAAUGAAUCUUACUCAAACGGAAAUUCAUUUUGAUUUUCCUUUGGCAGAUCCGCUUUUUUAUCAAAGUUCCAGCAUUGACAUGCUCAUCGGAGCUGACCUUUAUCCUCAUAUAAUCUUGGAAGGUUUGAAAAGGAAUGUUUUGAGUACUAUCAUCGCACAGAAUACUGUUUUUGGUUGGAUACUUCUGGGGCCUUAUGAAACUGCUCCUGUUGUAUCAACUUUUUCCACUUUCGUCACCCGCCAGAACGAUUUACUAGCAAAAGUAGAUCAAAAAAUUGAAAGAUUUUGGAAACUUGAGGAGUUACCUCAAACUCCUAUACUCACUCCAUCCGAUCAACUAUGCGAAGAUUUAUAUCGUGAUACAACUUAUCGAGAUCCAUUAACGGGUCGAUUUGUCGUUAGACUCCCUUUUAAAAACCCUCCGCAAGAAUCAUUUUUGGGUGUCUCGCGUUUCAACGCAAUGCAACAAUAUAUCCGCAAUGAAAAAUCAAUGUUGGCUAAACCUGCUCUCAAAGGAGAAUACGAAAAGGUGUUAGCAGAAUAUAUCUCUUUAAAUCACAUGACACCCACUUCACCCUAUGAAUUAUUUGAUCAAGAUAAUGUUCAAUCUUUUUAUUUUCCACAUCACGCCGUUUUAAAACCUCAAAGCACUACUACCAAAUUGCGGGUAGUAUUUAAUGCCUCAAGCCACUCUUCUAAUGGUAAGAGUUUAAAUGAUCUUUUACAUACGGGUCCUAUUCUUCAAAAUGAUAUGGUAUUCCUUCUUUUAAAUUGGCGAUUUUAUCGAUAUGUCUUUAAUGGUGACAUAGAAAAAAUGUAUCGUCAGAUACAUAUUCAUCCGGAACAUGCUCAAUUUCAACGAAUUUUAUUUCGACCAAGUCCCGAUCAAAAAAUCAAUGAUUAUCAACUCAACACUGUCACUUUUGGGGUAAAUUGUGCUCCCUAUUUAGCUAUACGCACUCUCCAUCAACUGGCUUCAGAAGUUCAAGAAAUUUAUCCUCUUGCUUCAAAAAUCUUAAAGACAGAAUUUUAUGUAGAUGAUGUGCUUUCCGGCGCUCAUGAUGUUUUGUCGGCACAAAGAAGCCAAAUCGAACUUAUCACUGCACUUCAAUCCGCUGGAUUUAAUUUACGAAAAUGGACUGCUAACCAUUCAAUGCUUUUGAAUCAUCUUCCUACAGAUCACCUUCUAAAUAAAGAUUUUUUGAAUCUCGAAGAUGAUAGCUCCACUAAGACUCUUGGAAUUAAGUGGAACGCAUCUUCCGACACUUUUUCCUUUGCUAUCAAUUCUGAAAGUUUUUUAACGACUUCUAUCACUAAACGCUCGGUAUUAUCAACAAUUUUUAAGCUUUAUGACCCUGUGGGUUGGCUUGCUCCAAUCAUUGUAAAAACAAAAAUUUUAAUGCAACAAAUUUGGAAAGAUAAAACCGGGUGGGAUCAAAAUCUUACACUUCACUCUGAACAAUAUUGGAAAUCUUUUAUCGGUGAUUUUGAGGAUACUCAAAAAAUCUCUAUUCCCCGGUGGGUAGAAUUUUCUCCUUGGAAAACUUUUCAAUUACACGGUUUCUCUGAUGCCUCGGAGAAGGCUUAUGCCGCUGCAGUUUAUAUUCGCGUACAGGACACUCCCUUACACUCUUCUUCACACUUAUUAUGGGCAAAAUCAAAAAUUGCACCUGUGAAGACCAUUUCACUUCCUCGUUUAGAACUUCAAGGGGCAUUACUUUUAUCGCGAAUGAUCCAUUCACUCCUCAAUCAGUUCGAUUAUUUGAAUAAUAUCCCCAUUAAAUUAUGGACGGACUCAACCAUCGUUUUAGCUUGGUUAGACAAGUCACCAAGUUCUUGGAAAACCUUUGUCGCUACCAGGACUUCAGAAAUUUUAUCAAAUGUUCCAGAUAUAAAUUGGAAUCAUGUUUCAUCUUCUUAUAACCCCGCCGAUCUGGCUACUCGCGGUGUGUCCCCAACAGAGUUACGGGUAAGCGAUUUAUGGUGGAAUGGCCCAUUAUGGUUAGCGAAACAAGAAGAAAAGUGGCCGUCCCCUGAAUAUUCUCAUCCAUCAGAUGAUUCUAUUCCUGAACGUAAAUCAAUCAAAGUAAAUGUUGCACUUUUAUCUAACGACUUCGAAAAUGAAAUUUUAAGUCGAUUCUCCUCUUGGGAUAAAGCUGUUAGGGUAGUGAGUUAUAUUCUUCGCUUCCGUAAUUCAGCUAAAAAAUUACCAAUCAGAGAUACAUACCGUUCGAAAACUCUCAUGCACGAAGAUAUUAUAUCAACGAAAUCAAAAAUCAUCCAACUCAUACAACAACGACAUUAUUUCAAAGAAUAUCAAACUUUACUUCAAGGCAAUAAAUUAAAGUCGAAAAGUAGACUUCUCACACUCACUCCCUUUCUGGACUCUAGCCAAAUUUUGCGGUCUCAUGGUAGACUUGCGGCGUCCACUUUAUCAUAUAAUGAAAGAUUUCCUAUUCUCUUGCCUCAUGAGUCUUAUCUAUCUACACUUGUAAUAGCUUAUGCACAUAAGCUCUCCCUACAUGGAGAAAUACAAUUAAUGAUCCGAAUAGUACGUUCCGAGUACUGGAUACCGAAUCUCAAAACCUUAAUUAAAAAAUGUAUUCGAACCUGCAAACCUUGCAUCUUAUAUAAAAAAUCACUUCAAUCUCAAAUCAUGGGUUUGUUACCUGCCGAACGAACCACUUUAAGUUUACCCUUCACUAAUGUAGGCAUCGAUUUUGCUGGUCCGUUCGUAAUACGAAAUUUCUACGGACGGAAAUGUCGACUGGAAAAAGGUUAUGCAUGUCUAUUUGUAUGUUUCGCAACCAAAGCGAUACACUUAGAAGCCGUUAGCGAUUUAUCUACAGCUGCCUUUUUAGCAUCAUUCAGUCGCUUCGUUGCUCGCAGAGGACUCCCUGCAAAAAUUUAUACUGAUAAUGGCACUAAUUUUGUGGGUGCAUCAAAGUUAUUGAUGUCUGACUUUCAAAAAGCUCUUAAUAGUUAUCCUGAUAGCUCAACACUUCACUUUUCCCAAAUUGUCUGGAAUUUCAUUCCUCCUGGCUCCCCCCACAUGGGUGGUUUGUGGGAGGCAGGAGUGAAGAGUUUUAAAAUACAUUUUCAGAAAAUUGCUGGAAACUCUAAAUUCACUUUUGAAGAAUUCUCAACACUUUUGGCUCGAAUUGAGUCCUGUCUUAAUUCUCGCCCUUUAUCUCCGGUGUCUGAAAAUCAAAAUGAUUGUCUCCCAUUAACGCCAGGCCAUUUUUUACGAGGUGGCCCUUUGUUAAGUCCUCCAGAACCCUGUGAAGCUCAAAAAGACAUAAGUUUAAUACGUAGGUGGAAUACACUUAAAGCCAUACAUCAUCAAUUCAGUAUACGCUGGAAAGAAGAGUACUUUAAAGAGUUAAUCAAACGUUAUAAAUGGAAAUAUCCGCAAAGAGACAUGGAAGUCGGGGAUCUAGUUGUUCUUAGAGAUGAACAAUUACCUUCUAAUGAGUGGCGACUUGGAAGAGUCCUUGAAGUCCACCGUGGCCCCGAUAAUAGAGUCCGCGUUGUCGACGUCAAGACUCAGAAAGGAGUUGUCAGGCGUUCUAUCGUCAAGUUAUGCAUUCUACCUUCGGAUUGA